AUGGGAAUGUAUGUUCACUUUUGCCAAAUGGAGGAAGCGAGGAAGGUUUUUGAUUUGAUGGAUGAAAAAUCAAUAAUUUCUUGGACAACUAUUAUGGGAGGUUAUGUGAAGGUUGGCCAUGUUGCGAAAGCGUUUAAUUUAUUCAAUCAAAUGCAGCAUCAAAGUACUGGCAUAGAUUUUAUUGUAUUUCUAAUUCUUAUAUCUGGUUGUAUACUAGUAGGAGAUCUCUUAUUAGCUUCAUCCGUUCAAGCUUUUGUACUCAAAUGUGGAUGCGAUAAAGAGGAGUUCAUUGAAAAUUUGCUAAGAACUAUGUAUGCAAAAUGCAGUGACCUUGCAUCUGCUAGAAGGAUAUUUGAUUUGAUUAUCAAAAAGAGCAUUUUCUCAUGGACAUUGAUGAUUGCAGGAUAUGCCCAUUCAGAUCACCCAUUGGAGGCGUUGCAUUUGUUUAGAAGGCUUGUAAGGACAGAUUUUAGACCAGAUCCACCAAUCGAUUUAGGAUCAAUUAGCAUAGCAAAAGAGAUGGAAGAUUAUAUUUCUCUAAAUGAAUUGGAAUUUGAUCUACAAAUCCAAACAUCUCUUAUACACUUGUACUCCAAGUGUGGAAGCAUCAAGAAAGCCCAAGAAGUAUUUGAAGAAGUGGCAGAUAAAGAUUUAACUGUUUGGUCUUUCAUGAUAAAUAGCUAUGCUAUUCAUGGGAUGGGGAAAGAAGCGAUUGACCUAUUUCGCAAAAUGACAACUACAGAAGGGAUAAUUCCAGAUGAUGUUGUUUACACCAGUGUUUUGCUGGCUUGUGGCAAUGCAAGGGGAUGCCCUUGGAAGCACAAGUGCAAGCUUGGGCCCAUUGCUCAUGCUUGUAGGAUCCAUGGUAAUGUUGAGCUCGGGGAGCUUGCUGCUGUCAAGUUACUAGAGCUUAGUCCUGGAAGCUCUGGAAAUUAUGUUGAGAUCAUUGGUAGAUUUCAUACAUUUGCAGCAGGAAAUCAGUCACGUGUUCAGUUGGCCAAUAUCUAUAAGAUGCUAGAAGAUCUAAAUUUUACUCUUCAAGAAGGUAGCUAUGCAGGACAAGCUGGUUUGUCUCUGUCUCCUAGCACAGAUGUUAUUUCAUUUUCUCCAAAUGAAGAGACCAAGGAAGCACUGAAAAUAGUACUAGACGUCACCAUCAAUAAUAAUGAUGCUUCAGUGUUCUUGGAUGCUUAA